GAGCAAGAAGACAAGAUGGCCGACUCCGACGGCCAUAGCGACAGCGACAGCGACAGCGACGAGGGCCUGGCCGUCUAUGGGACCAGUUUGGAGCCCUUGGAGGAAGGCCAACGACCCAAGAAGCCAGUUCCACUUCAAGAACAGACCGUCAGGGAUGAAAAGGGACGGUACAAACGUUUUCAUGGAGCCUUUAGUGGUGGCUUUUCUGCAGGGUACUUUAAUACCGUUGGUUCUAAAGAAGGAUGGGAGCCUUCCACCUUUAUAUCAUCACGUCAGAACAGAGCAGACAAAUCUGUUCUUGGGCCAGAGGAUUUUAUGGAUGAAGAGGAUUUUAGUGAAUAUGGGAUAGCCCCUAAAUCAAUUGUUACCACAGAUGAUUUUGCUUCCAAAACUAAAGACAGAAUAAAAGAAAAAGCCAGACAGCUCGCAGCUGCUACUGCCCCUAUUCCUGGAGCCACAAUACUAGAUGAUCUGAUUGCACCUGCUAAACUGUCUAUUGGUUUUGAACUCUUACGAAAAAUGGGCUGGAAAGAAGGGCAAGGAGUUGGACCUCGAGUGAAGAGAAAGGCACGCAGGCAAAAACCCGAGCCUGGAGUAAAAAUAUAUGGCUGUGCCUUACCACCUGGUGGUUCUGAAGGAUCAGAGGAUGAAGAGGAAUACUAUCUUCCAGAUAAUGUGACAUUUGCACCCAAAGAUGUAACUCCGGUGGACUUUACUCCUAAAGACAAUGUUCAUGGACUUGCUUACAAGGGCCUAGAUCCCCACAAAGCAUUAUUUGGAAUUUCAGAGGGAGAACAUUUUAAUCUUUUUACUGGUGGAUGUGGAAAGACAAGUAAUCUUCUUGGGGAUGUUAAGCAGACUAAAGGACGUAAACUUGGAAUAUCAGGCCAGGCUUUUGGUGUGGGAGCUUUGGAAGAGGAAGAUGACGAUAUAUAUGCCACAGAAAUGCUAUCUAAGUAUGAUACGGUUUUGAAGGAUGAGGAACCUGGAGAUGGACUGUAUGGGUGGACAGCACCCAAGCAAUACAAAGGCAAGAAAGGAUUGGAGAAAGACAUUCGCUAUUUGGGAAAAAUUUUGGAUGGGUUUUCCUUGGCUUCCAAACCUUCCUCUUCCAAGAAAAUUUAUCCACCGCCCGAUUUGCCGAAGGACUACAGACCAUUCCAUUACUUCAGACCUGUGAUAGCUGCUGGCUCGGAAAACUCCCAUUUACUACAGGCACUAGCAGAAUCAUCUGGGAAGCUUUCAGUUGAUAUGCCACAGCAAAGCAGACAUCAACUAAAUGCAUCUAAGAGGAGAGAACUACUAGGAGAAACUCCCCUUCAAGGUCCAACGACUUCUAUUUUAGAGUUUCUAUCCCAGAAAGACAAAGAAAGAAUCAAAGAAAUGAAACAGGCGACUGAAUUGAAAGCAGCCGAAAUGAAAGCAAAGACUUUAGCACAGCAAACCAGGAAGAGCAGGUUCCAGUCAAACUCGGCAGACCCUGCUCAUUGCAGUUGGCAAACGAUGUUAAGUAGAGACCUAGCUUCAGCAGUAUCCAGUGAAUUCAAGCCAUUUGCUAAAAAUCCAGAAAAACAAAAGAGAUACGAAGAGUACUUGGGAGGUCUCAAACAAGGACAUAAAGAUGCUCUGGAAACUUGUUUAGAUUCUAGUAUGACAGAGUGGGAACGAGGAAGGGAGCGUGAUGAGUUCAUUCGGGCGGCCGUGCUUUACAAAUCCUCUAAUUCAACAUUGUCCUCCAGAUUUACCCAUGCCAAGCAUGAAGAUGACACAGACCAAGUAGAAGUUCCUCGAGACCAAGAGGGUGAUAUUAAUGACAAGCAAUCUGCUGUGAAGAUGAAGAUGUUCGGGAAACUCACAAGAGAUAAGUUUGAAUGGCAUCCUGAUAAACUGCUAUGCAGAAGAUUUAAUGUGCCCGAUCCCUACUCAGAUUCAACUCUGGUUGGAUUACCAAAAGUGAAACGAGACAAAUAUUCGGUAUUCAACUUUUUAACUCUUUCGGAAUCAGCCAUCUCCACUACCAGUCAAGUGUCAAGUGAAAAAGGGCAGCAGAAUAAUAAUUCCAACAAACCAAGAAAACCAUCCAGGUGGGAUAUGCCUGACCAAGAAAAGAGGAAAAAAGAUUCUAUUAGUGAAUUUAUAAGUAUGGCUAGAUCAGAAGUUGAGAAUGAGAAACAACAGCCAGAUCCAACCAUAAUGAAAGAUGAGAGGAACACAACAGGACCACUUUUAAAUACGGUAACAAAUGAAAAUGCAGAACAAAAAGAUGAGGAGGAAAGCAGCAGACCACCUAUGGAUUUAUUUAAAGCUAUCUUUGCUGAAUCAUCAGAUGAAAAGUCGUCUUCAUCCGAUGAUGAAGAAGAAGAAGUAGAAGAAGAAAAAGAAAAUGAAAAUGAAAACAACCGGACAGAUCUUGGGGGAUCAGACUCAAAAAAUUCCAAACAGGCUGAUCCUCUAGAAACUUCAUAUACUCUGCAAGUUUGCCAAAAGGUAACAAAUCAGCCAGUACUCGCUGUACCUCUACAGAAGAAGCUUUUUGACAAAGGAGAAGAAUUUGGACCACGACUGCCUCCUGUAUUCUGUCCUAAUGCUCGUCAGAAACAUGAAGUUAUAGAACUAACUAGUUCUCCUGACACUCAUCAAAAGGGGAAAAAAAAGAACAAAGAAAAACACAAAACAAAGAAAGAAUACAAGCGUAAAAAAGAGAAGAAAAAGAAACACAGGAAACACAAACACAAAGGCAAGCACAAGAAUAAAAAAUCAGAGAAGAACAGUAGUUCAGAGACUGACAGCAGUGACAGCAGUCAAAGUGAUAUAGAGGAGAUCACAGAUAUAUCACCCCAGGAACUGCUAAGGAGGCUGAAAAGUCUUCCAAUAACGAAGAAGUAAUUUAUUCUUCAAUUCUGAUGUGUCUAAUUUUUUAUCUGAAGUCUUGAUCUCCUCCAUGAUGGUAGAUCAGAAAUUGUAUAGUUAAUACCCCAUACAAACUGAAUUUGUUUGAAAGCUUAAAUUUAAACAAAGGUUUAAGAUGUAUAACCCAGAAAGUUGUGUAAAUUAAUACGGAUUUUGACAAGUUGCAAUUAUCAAAUGAAUAAAACCGAGGACAUGUAUUUUAAA